ACUAUAAUGUUUACAUUUCCUUCAAAAUGGCUGGAUUUUUUGAACCAGAUUGCGGAACCGCUUACUAUCGGUCAAAUGAUCCAAUUAAAAACAAUAAAAUCAAGUAAAAAAUACCAUUGUCACCUUUAAUAUCUACUUUAAAUAUAUCUCUAUUAAUAUCCUGCAUAUUCUUGUGUAUAUAAUAUUUUAUAACUAUUUAAUACUUGUCAGACUUGUUCAUUCUUGCAUCCAAACUCAUUGACUUUAACUCAUUGCUCAUAUUACCGGCAGUCAAUAAAUUUCUCUAAGGCUUUACUGCUCUUAAAAGAGGAUUUUGAAUGAAAACCGGUUGUCAGUUCUGAAACCAAAACCAAGUUGUUGAUUUGUGGUAACCAGAUACUGAUUUUGGUAAUCUAUCACUUCAGCGUUGGUUAUGAAAAAAUACUGUUGUUCUUUUCUGUUAAAAUUUUAAGGGCUAUGCCAUUUUUAACGGCUAUUACUAUUGAUAUUAAUAUUGUUUUAUUGGUAAGAUAAAUAUCUUUUAUUGAUCCAAAUAGAUGGAAAUGUUUUUUAUGAAAUUGUACAUAUUCAUUUCCGCACAUAUUCAUAUAUUAGUAAUUCCAGACACAAUUUUUAAAAUAUAAAAAUUAAAGAAUUUAAACAUUCUUAAAAUUUAAAUGAAUUAUUGUAUAAAAAAACAAGAGUUUGAGUUUGAGAUUCCCCCCCCCCCCUUUCCAAUGAAGUUUUUUAAAAAUAUCUCCACGAACAUGGUAGUGGAACAUGAACUCUUGCAAAUAGGAAGGCAAAGGAAAAUACGUUUUGAACAUUCUGUGCGUGGACACCAGUGUCUUCUGGAUCAACAAGAUAAGCACUUCAAACCAGAACAACUGGAUUUUGUUCUUUAAUAAUGCGCUAUAAUAAAAAAAAAAAAGUUUGAGUUUGAGAUACCCCCCCCCCCCCCUUUCCAAUGAAGUUUUUUAAAAAUAUCUCCACGAACAUGGUAGUGGAACAUGAACUCUUGCAAAUAGGAAGGCAAAGGAAAAUAUGUUUUGAACAUUCUGUGCGUGGACACCAGUGUCUUCUGGAUCAACAAGAUAAGCACUUCAAACCAGAACAACUGGAUUUUGUUCUUUAAUAAUGCGCUAUAAUAACUAAUACUGAAGUUGUAGAUUCGCCCGAUUUUAAACAAAUCAUAAUUUAACAAAUCCAGAAUUUUAAUUUAUGAUAAAAACAAUGAGAAAGUAAGUAAAUGUAUACAAUAGUCAAAAGCAGACACUUCGGUGUCACCUGAGAACACCAGAGAAUUGCGUAUAGUAAUUUUUUGGUCAGAAUUGCAAGUCCACAUUUUAAUUAUAGUUGAUUAUUAACUUAAAAAUAAAUUCUAAAUACACCCAUUACUUAAAGUUAAAGCCGAUAUCUUGAUUGUUCAACAGAGAAUUUAUUUUAUUCCACUAUAUUUUUAGGAUCAAUCAUUUAGACUGAAACUUAUAAAAUAAAAAUAAUUUUCACUAGAAGUUCAAAUAAAAAUAUUUGAUUGUCUAAUUAAGCCAAUAAAUUAGUAAUUACAAGUACUUAUAGUUGGUAAAUUAUUGCAGUUUCUUCGAGGACAUUUUGUCAGUCUUAAUUACAUAUUUUAUGUGUUUGGUAAAUUCUUUAUAUUGAGUUGAUUGCCUCUAAAGUAUAUUUUAUAGCUGUAAAUCUGAAAUAGACACAGUUGCAGAGUGAAGGUGUUAGUACUUAAGUUCAAAUUGAACUGAAAAGAUAGAUAUAAAAUAAAUAAGAAAGGCUUAUAUUUUUAUUUGUCUUUUAGCAUUUAGCAUUAUUAGCUUUUUUUUACGUCAAUCAAUCAUUCAGUAUAGGAAGCAUAUAUUGUAACAAAUCUAAAAUUUACAAAUCUAUAUUCUUAAAGUUUAUAAUAGCAUUAAUCGCCAAUUUCUGUAUUUUUAAGGGUAACAUUAAAGAAAGUAUCUGCUUCAUUUGCUGAAGAAGGGGCCAAACCAGUCACAACCACUGAAAGUGGUGUAGAACUAGCAACCAUUGGAAAACAGAAGAAGAAAAAAUCACCUGACCAUGAAGAAUGUAUCAUUGGAUGGCAACAGAAGAUAUUUUGUCAGGUGAUAUCUAUAAAAUGAUUUUGUUUAAAAUAUCUAAUUUAUUAUUACUAUACAUUCCUAUUUGAGCAUUUUAAAAAUGAGUUUAUUUUUCUUGUUAAAAUUGACUUUUUACAAUUUAAAAAAAUUAAUAAAUAACUGAAUUUUAUUAUGAUAUUGUCAUCUAUUAAUUUCAGAGAGAAAUUGAAUUUUACAGCAAUAAAGACAAUUGUAAGAAUGUGCUGGAUCAGAAAUAUCACCAAGAGGUACUAUCUCUUAUGUGAGUAUUUUCUCUGCUUUUUUUACUGAAUUAAAUUUUAAACAAAAUUGGGAUUACACAAAAAUAUAAACAGAAAUUUGGGAAAAAUUGUUCUUUCAUAAUAUUUGUUACCGUAUUGAUAUUUUCAGCAAUAAAAGGCGACAAAAGAAUAUGAUAUUUACUUAUGUGGAUCAUGAUCCCUUUUCUCACCAACAAGAAGUGAGUAAUUUUUCUAAUAAUUAUCUUUGUUCAUUAGUUGUUGUUUUUUGCAUUUUAAUGUUUAUAUUUAUGAAGCACUAUAAGUAAGAUAUACCUGUAUAUUAUAUGUACGUUUGAUAUUUUGUUUUAACUGUGUUCAGCAGUAUUUUUAAUGAAAAUAAUACUCAAAUAUUUUCAAAUGGAUUUUUUAUACUAGGGUGUAUAUAGCAUGACAAAUCUUAUGGAAAAGCCUAGUCCUCUUGCCAUUAAAAUGGCCCAAGUUCGCUGUAGAAGAAUUGGUGGUAGACAACUUAGAGAAAAGUGAGUGGUUACAACAACAUGCACCUAUAAAUUAAAAUCUCCUGUCAUAUAUAUCAUUCACCGGUACUUAAAUAUUUAUAAUUUUCAGGGGUAGAAAAAAUAAAAUUGAUUCAGGAGUCCCUUUUUAUCAAGAGCUAAUAUAUAAAAAUCAUUUAAUUCUGGUUUUGAAAAUUCAGACACCAAGUAAAAGAAAUGGGGUACUUGUAUUUGUCUACCCCUGUUUUAAUUAUAUGAAUUAGCUCUAAAAGGUAAGAGAUGAAUCAACAGCAACCAUACAUGGGAAAAGUUGUUAAAAUUUUGCAAACUUUUCAAUGGUUUAAUAAUAAAAUAUUACAAAUAUUCUUAAAUUCAGAGAGCAGGGCAGCAUUCCAAAGACUCUAAUUGUUGAUGAAAAUCCUUCAGAGGAAUCUAAGCUACGAAAUCAUUUAGAAGCUCCACCAAUUCAAGUCAUGUACAUAAUGGCUGAUUUAAGUCCUCCUAACAAGUAAGUAAAUAAGUAUGUUAACUUAGAAUUCAUUCAAACCAAAAUUAAAUUUAUAUAAUAAAUAAGGACAGACAAAUAAUUAUUAUUAAUUUUGUAAAAUUUGCUAACAAAUUAUUGCACAGAGUCUAUCUUUAAAUUUUAAAAUAUUAAAUUCAGUAUUUUCAAAGCCCAAGGGAAUAAUCUUACAUUAUGGGCACAUCAAUAGCCAUUUUACACAUUAUCUUUCUGUUUAGAACUCCAGAUGAGACUGAUGAGUAUGUUCUUUGUGCCCUGAAAGUUGAUGCUAAUGGUGUUCUGUGUGUCAAACCUGACUAUUCGUGUGGAAGAAAACCAUACAGCAUUGAGACUUAUAUGACAAGAGGUUAAGUCUUUAAAAAUUUAUUUAAAAAAUCAGUUCUAUAGUCAUGAGAUGUGUUUUGGGUUUAUUACUUGAAUAAUGCUAAAUAAAAAUAAAUAGGUUAUUUUUAAAUUUAAUGAAACAUUUUAUAAAUGCUUCUUAGCCCUUAUACAAAUCAGCCUUGUGUGUGCUUUUAUUUAUUUUCAUUUUAAAUUUCCUUCCUUAGAGGGUUUUGACUAUACAAUUGAGAAUGUUUCUAAAGAUAUGAGUCGCCAAGAACAAGAGAAAGAGUUAAGAAUGUACAGAGAGGUAAUAUAAGUAAUUAUAAUUAAAAUUGAUCACAACUUAUAGAUCAUUUCAUGAUAUGCAUAAUAGUCUUCAUAAAAAUUAUUUUUAAUUAUCAUUAGAUUGACAUAGUGGCACUUUAUAUAUUAAUGUCUGUGCAUUAGUGAAAUAUUAUUAUCUGGCUUGUAACUAUUUUAAAAUUCUUACAGAUGUAUUCAAGACAUAAUGACUUUGUGCAGUCAUGUGUUGGAUAUGAAUUUGAAGUGGUAAGUUAUGGUUUUAUUACAUAAUACACUUUAAAGGCUUUUUCCUGUUGAUCAAAACAUUGUUUUUUUUUGUUUUUUUUAAAGUCUUAAAACAAAAAAAUUACUUAUUUUUUACUUUAUUUAUGUUUUUUAAUUUCAGCCUCCAGUAGAUACUUUGAAGUAUGUAGUUUUUGGAGAAAUCGGUAUGUAAAUUUCAUUAAAAAAUAUUUUUUUUUAACAAAUCCAUCCAUCCAUCCUUGUGGCGAUACAGCCCAUGUAUGGCUUUGGCCUGCCUCACCACUUCCUUCAACUCAGAAAUAACUAAACUAAUGCAUUUCUUUUCCAUGCUUGGAUUCCCAGCUGCUGUAGAUCUUUUUCCACAUCAUCCAUCUAUCUAAGCCUAAUUCUGCCUUAGCCUUUUUCCUCUGGGGUAUUGUUGAUGUACCCUUUUCACUCCUCUGUCAUUUGGCAUUCUUUCUAAGUGUCCUGCCCAGCUUAGCCUACCCUUUUUUAUUUCUGCUACUAGCGUGGGAUCCUGAUAUAGACAAUACAAUUCCUGGUUUGUUCAUAUUCUCCACCUUUAUUCAUCCUUUUUUGGUCGAUAUAAUUUUUUUUAAAGCUCAGAUAUAAUCAUUUUAAGAUCAAUGAUGAGCUGCAUGUUUCAAAGCAAUGAACAAUUAUACUGUACAUAUUAUUUUUAUUUGUAAUUACUAUUACUGGCCUCUAUUGUUAUAAUAUGCAUAUAUUUUAGAAUAUAAAAAGUAUUAGAUCUGACUUUUAAAGUAAGUCAAAACAACAAAUAUGUAUAUUGUAAAAAAACAUUUAACUAUUAUAAAUUCAUCUUAUUUCAUUAAUACCAUAUAUUACCAUAUAUUUCAUCGCAUAGGUCGCACCCUAGAUAGGUUGCCAAAGUGUGUAUUUGCAGUUGACCCACAUAUAGGUCACACCCUUAGUUUGGGAGGUUACAUGGCCUCUUUUAAAGUAAAUACAACUAAUACUUAUUGAUCAGGUAUCAAAAAUGUUUCCAUAACAAAAUUGGAAACUGAAAGCCAUCAUCAAAACUAUUUGAUCUUUAAUAAACAUUUUUUUUUAAAGACUGAUUGCCAUCUGCUAAAGAGUGAGAACAAAAGAGAAUCAGUUAGUUCUCAGAGUUUCCAUAUAAAUUCUUAUUCCACACUGAAUAACAGUUUGCUCGAUUGAUGUCAAAUAGACAGGCCGGACCCCUGAUUUUUCUCAAAUUAUUAUUGUAAAAAAAAAAAGUGCGACCUUAACACAAGAUGGUAGAUUACCUUGUUCUAUAUUUAUGAAAGUAAUUUUCUCCCUCUUGCUUUUGCCUACAGUCUCAGCUCAAGACUUUGAAAAAGAUAACCUAUACAUUCACAUGUUCACAGACCUUCCAAAAGGUGAGCAUCCCAAUAGGAUACACAGAAAAUAAAAUAGGCGGCCAUAAACAAAAAUCAGCUUUUAAUUAGUUUUUUUUUAUUGUUAUUGUUACUCAAGUUACUAUUAUAUACUAAUCAUGAUUAGGAAUUGUUUUUUUUUAUAAAAUGAACUCUCGCUUGAUUUUUUUAAUAAAAUUUGUCUCUAGACUGGACAGCAGAGAGAAGCCAGCAGUUGUCUUGGAUAACUCAAACAUGUGCCGCCAAAACUGUUGACCAGGUAAUAAAAUGAAUUAUUAAGAAUUUAUUUGUAUAAAAAAUGAAUACAACCUAGUAAAAUAAUAAAUUUUAUUUACUUUUCGUAGUGAUUAACCAUUGUUAAAAGAGAAUCUUAAACAGAGGCCAUUGUACCAAUUGUGGUACAUUACAUUGUUCAAGUAUAAAAGUACAUGGUACCAAGUUCAAAGAGUUUGGGAACCGUGAUCUAAAGGUUAUGACUUUUUUUAAUGAACCUCAGGUAUUGAAACUCUAAAUGGAUCCUGAUACUAUUUAUGAUAACCAAUCAAUUUAGGCAGAGGUCCCCAACCUUUUGACUUACCUACUGUUAAAGUAUAGGCAUAUUCUUUGUAAUCAUUUCAAUGUCUGUCACAUUUCACAAUUUGAAUGUCUUUAGCAGACAAUGAUUUGGGAACAAUAAGGGUAAAGGAUACAAGUAAAAGAUACAUUGUCAUUUUAUGUAAAUAAGUUGGCAGUUUUUGUAUAGAUGAAAAUAAAUGUCAUAUUGUAUUGUAUGUAUGGCAUCUUUCCGUCUGCGGGAGACGAUAGAUUAUCUUUAUUGCUUGCAGCUCUUGGUGUGGCUGGUGAGACCAAUCCUCGAAUGGCAGUCUCUGUUACAUUUCCCCACACACGAAUGCGGUGGAGCAGUAUUUACCGGCCUUCCUCCUCGCUCCUUUUGCAGCUGUUUCCGCCCUGUUUUGAUCCUCGGCAUGUAGUAAUCCUGCCUUCACGAUGCCCCGGCAUUAGGAUCGAUCCUCUGCCAGCUCCUCCCAGUUUGAGAUGUAGAUGUUGGCCGACUUCAUGUCUCUUUUACAUAUGUCUAAGUAUCUCAGACGAGGCUGUCCAACUGACCUUUUCCCUGUCGCCAGCUCGCUGUAUAGCACGUCCUUUGGUAUGCGACCAGGUUGGAUUCGCUUGACGUAUCCAAGCCAUUAACAUGGCUGGGACGCUACACAUGUUUGUUUGGGACAGGACAUCCGUGUUGGGGAUUUUGUCUUGCCAUUUAAUGUCAAGGAUGUGACGCAGGCAUCUGAGGUUGAAGCCAUUGAGCCUUCUUUCGUGUUUAGAGUAUGUGGUCCACGACUCGCAUCCAUACAGAAGUCUGCUCCAUACGCAGGCCUGGUACACCUGCAGCUUAGUUCUUGUUGUGAGUUUGGCGUUUGACCAGACUCUUUUCUUCAGUCUGGCCAUAACAGUUGCGGCCUUCCCUAUCCUCCCACUUAUCUCAUCCUCCAUUGAGAGGGUGCUCGAUAUGUUGGAUCCCAGAUAUGUGAAUCUGUCAACAGUAUCCAAGUCGUAGUCGUCGAUGGCAAUAGUGGGGAGGGAGUCAGCGCCCUGUGCCAUAAUGUUAGUUUUCUUUAGGCUAAUUGUCAGGCCAAACUCUUUGCAGGCAGCGGAUAGGCUGGAUACGAGGCUCUGCAGGCCGUCAGCUGUGUGAGAUACCAAAGCGGCAUCGUCCGCAAACAAGAACUCCCGCAGCAAGACCUUUCUUGUUUUAGUCUUAGCUCUAAGGCGGGCAAUGUUGAAUAAUUUGCCGUCAUCUCUAGUGUGGAUGUAUAUCCCCUCGCUGUUGUUCUGAAAGGCAUACUGGAGUAGGAUGGAGAAAAAGAUUGCAAAUAAAGUAGGAGCCAGCACGCAACCUUGCUUUACUCCACUACUCACUGGAAAAGCUUCUGAGGCGGCACCGUUAUAGCACACUGUGCCCUGCAUGUUUUCGUGGAACUGCUUGAUGAUGUUAAGCAGUCGUGUAGGGCAGCCUAUGUUUUUGAGGAUCAUAUAAUGUCAUGUCAUAUAAUGUCAUAUAAUCCUGUAUUAAUUAAUUUUUUGAAUAUUUUCUCAACAGACUGAGAUUGCUUACUUCUCUUAUCCAUUCCAUUUUGAACUGAACUAUAAGAAGAAUCAGCUAUCUUCCAAGGGUGAAUGUUAGAAGUCAUAAGCACAUUAUAAUAUCUGUAUUAUUGCAUAGUGUCCAGCCAUUAAAUAUUUAAGUACAUGUAUAUUUUUUUUAAUUUGGUACAUUUUAGAAUAUCAUAUAUAUAAGACUGUCCUAGGCUGACCAUAACACCUAAGAGACGAAGCAAUUUAAAUACUUUCGGAUUCUUAAAAACAAUAAUAGUGAUCUUUUAUUAUUUUACAGAAAUUGAAUAAAUUUAAUUGCGCAAAAAUGAAAAUAUAUCUGCUUUUAUUUGAGUAAAUAUUUAAGUAUUAUUAUUAUAAAUUACAAAUAAAUUUAAAUAACAAUAAAAGAACUAUUUUAAGUAUUUUAUCCUGUUUGAAAGUUAUGGAGAAAAAAAAAUUAAUUAAAAAAAUAUGAUCCGAGAAUUAUUGUAAUCACAUUUUCAGGAAAACCCAAACAUCUGUUGUUUUAGUGUGUUUUUUAGUGCGUGGUUUAUAUUGCUAAUUAAAAUUAAUUUGUUUUAAAUAAACACUCAAAUGAUAUAGAGCGAACUGCCUAUUUUAGCCAAAGCUCUAAGUUUCUUUAAUUUAAUAACCCCGCGUAACAAAAAUGAUAAUGUAUUUCCCCCUUCUUAAAAGUAAAAUUAAUCAAUUUAAUUGAUUCCAUUUUAAAUUUUUAACAUUUAAUAAGCCUUUAUGUUUUUGCCAUUCCAAAAAUAUACUUUUAUUAAAUUUAUAAAUAAUAAAAACUUAACCUUUAAAUAUACUUUUAAUAAGAAAAUAUUGGUUAAGUCAAUCAAUGGAGCGAAACACCAUAGAGUCCUUAGCUACAAAAAAAAAAAAGCACUUAUCACUCAUCCAAAAUAAGUAUAUGAUAUUUUAAAAUUGAACAUAUUAAAAAUAGUAGUUCAUUCCUAUUUAUUGGGAGGGAAUCUUUUUCUUUUGCAUUUUCCUGCACACACAGAUGAGUUGCCCCAAUUUCCAAGACUUAUGCUGGAGGUUGGUGCUUUUGAUUCCUGGUCCAGGCACUACAAUGAAGGCUACAGUUACCUUCAGCUGCCAGCUAAACCAGGUGAUACUGUGAUAAGUGUGGGAAGUAAAGCUUCAGACCAUCACUCUAUUGUUUCAACAAAAAAAAUAGCCUGAUUACCCUAUGCAUAUUGCAGCAAGUAGAUUUUCAUCUGAGAUACUUAUUAAAUACAUUAUUUAUAGUAGCUUUAAAAAAAACAAAUUCAAAUUUAACAAAACUUUUCAAUAUGUUUUCUGUUUCAGGUAUUCACACGGAAACGGCACAUUGUUGGCGUCCUGUUGGUAACUCUGUUGUAGAUAAUCUGAGAAGGUUUUUCAUUGGUGGCACACCCGAGAUAGAGGAUCCAACAUAUGCUGCCAUUCCAUCUACAUUUGAUGUAGGUCCAUUGACAGUAAAAGAGAAAAUACUUAACUCAUUGAUAUAAAUAUAAUGUGUAUAGCAUUAUAUUUUGUUAAGAAACACUGUAAUUUUUUUAUUUGAUGUGAAACGAGAAAAAAAUCUUAUUACUUUCUGACUAAACUAAAUAAAAUUAUUAAAAUUGUAAAAAAUAAAUAUCCUCUAAUAAGGAUAUUUUAUUUUUACAGGGUUCAUACCUUAGCAAAUUUGGCUUUAGAACUCAAUCUACGGGCACAGUUACAGUAAGACUUAAUGUGAUGUUGCAGUCCAGGUAUGUAUGAUCAACGGGCACAGUUAGAGUAAGACUUAAUUUGAUGUUGCAGUAUGAUCAAAGUUAAUUUCUUCAGAGGAAAUCCACAGCCCUUAUUGAAAAUAUUUGCAGCAAAUUUACAAUCCACAGUUAAGAUCACGAGUUUUCAAAUUAACAGGAUGACUUUAAAGAAAGAGUCGUUAACAAAAAAAACAUAUGUGGCAAUUCUGGUUAUUAGUAUUAUACAGCUAUUGCAUAUUUUAAUCAGUUUUAUACAUUUGGGGGCAGUUUUAUACAUUAGGGGGGGGGGGGGGGUGUUUAAAUUUUAUUUUAUCAGUGGUUUGAGGUUGUAUUUGUUAUAUAGGGUGUUGGUGUGAUUGUGUAAAUGUUUAUUCUAUAGAUUGUACCAUUUCAUAAUCUUCAUUGGGUUAACUAACUCAUUUAUUCUCUAGAUUGUACCAUUUCAUAAUCUUCUUUUGGUUAACUAACUCAUUUAUUCUCUAGAUUAUACCAUUUCAUAAUCUUCUUUUGGUUAACUAACCUGAAAUGGCAUUUAGUUGGUUUUUUAUUACCUCACCGGUACUAUUUAUGUAUGUUAUGAGUUUCUAUUUGUAGCUUCUUCUUCAUUUCUUCUAAAAAAUCUGGAGAAAUAAAAAGUAAAAUGUUUGUUUGCUUACAUUUAAAUAUCAGGGCUUUUAUGGAGACAAAGGCUAACAAGAGGUCAUUAGGCUCACUUCUAGAGUCUUUAGGGUAAGUUCAGUGAUUUAAGGAUUCUGUACACUUUUAAAAAUAAUAAAUUUAAUUAUUUGUUUAAAUUAGUCUUGUUCCAUUGAAGUUGUGUUAAUUGAAAUUGAAAGCAAAAAUAAAAUUAAAACAUGUCACUUCACAGAAUUACAGCAAUGCAGGCUAAUAUCACAAGUGUUUUAGGUGAGUGCUCAUUAACUUUACCAUAUAAAAUACCCCAACUUUUUUUUUACUGGUGAAUGACAGCAUUGAACUUUAAUAGUCUUAUAAUUGUUGUAGCCAACAUUUUAAAAAUAUUCUUAACAUAAUAAAUUUCUACUUUUCUCAUUUAAAAUCAUACACAUGCACUAACUUUAACAAAUAAAAACCCUGAAACACUUUAGUAUUACUCAGCUUACUGUACAUAUUUUAUUAUAUUAUAACAAUUUACAGAGGCUUUUAAGAGAGCAAGAAUGAAGAUGGUGGCAGCUAGAGAGGCAGCCACACAGGAGUUGCUGCGUGAAGUUCGUCCCAUUCAGAAAGGAGAGCUUGAGGAAUGAUUGUUUACUCAAGAAAAAAGAGAGAGACAUGGACAGACAUGGAGCAAUGUGAACACAAAUAAUACCCAAUUUUAAAAAAAAUUAAAAACCACAUAUUAAAGAAAAUAUGUUUUGGGUUUUAUAAGUUGUACUGUGUUUUAUUGAACCUUUAUAUUUUUAAAUUUUUUAAAAAAUAUUAAAAUUUAGACAACAAAAAUUAUGUUAAUUUAGCACAUUGUUUAUGGCUUUCAUGCAUAAAUCUGACCUCCGUCCAAAAAUAGGUGCAGAAAAUUACAUGGAAUAAAAUAUUUCAUGUCAGUAAUAAAGUAUUCUUGCAGCUUGUUUACUAAAUUUAAACUAUUAAUAAAUUAUCACUAUUUUGAACAUGUUAGGAAUACAUUUUUUAAUUAUUAUCAGCAUAAGCCAUGUACCAUGUUGACAAAUUUUAAUCAAAUGAUAUUUAUUCUUCAUAUUGCAAGAUUCUAAAAGUGUUAUAAUAACAUGUAUAUAUUAAUUUACAAACAAUAUCUAUUAAGAAGUUGGAAAAAUCAAAACUUGUACUGAGAGAAAUAAGUAGAUCUGUGAUACUGAUGUGCUUUAAGACAUGUAAAUUUUUUAUGAAAUAAAUAUUUUUUUUGUAAAUGAAUUCAUUGCUUCUUAGUGUAAUUAUUUAAAUUUUAACAAAUCAAUUAUAAUUAUAAAAUAAUGCCUUAUUCAAAGAUCAGAUGUAACAAUGUUUUUCUUUUCAAAAAUAUUCUUGAAUUGUUUAAAAAUGGCAUCUUAACCAGGGGUGCGGGAGAUAAAGCCAGUUCGUAUGGGAAGACAUAGAAAAUCAGGUUUAGUUGCAUGUUUUUUAUUUUGCAGUGGCAGAUGUUUUUAAGGUUGAACUUUGUAGGAAACAACCACAGCUGAAUUAUUUUCAUAUUUAUUUUAUUACAAUACUUUAUCUAGGGGAUAAAAAAAGAGGGUGCGAGAAAUGUUUUGACAUAAAGAAUGGGUGCAGCACUGCAAAAAGGUUAAGGACCCCUGGUUUAAAAACAUCUUAGGAUAGUGAACAGAGACCUGACUACAGUUGACAUUAGGUAUCACAUCAUGUCGUUAACAUUGCAAACACUUGGUAAAAACCUGUUUGAACAUGACAUUAAUUAAGUUUAUGGUUUUGAGCUGGUGUGUCCCAACACAUUGAAUGAUUGAUCUGUCACAGUAAGUUCACAGCUGUGUCACAAUGUUUUUAUAUAGGAACAUUUUUUACAUCACAUGUAGGGUAUUUGGGUCAUUUGUCUACAAAGUACUGGGUUUUUCAAAAUAAGAUGGAUUCUAUGAUGUACUCCAUCUAAUGUAAAAUUGGAUGCAGUAAUUCACUAACGUAAUUUUUUUUUUUAUUUCUAAAGAUUUUUUAAAAAGUUUUAAACAUAAUGAAAAAAACAAUGCUUAAGAAUAAUUAAACUUAAAAUAUGGCCCAAUGCCUUUUGAAAGUCGGAUGCACCUGACUGGUCAUUUCACUUCAAGAUUUAUCUUCCACCUUAACUAAAACAACUAAGUUCACAAUAUCUUUUAAUGUUAGUAUUUAUUUGUUUCACACUUCCACAGUAACACCAAUAUUUUUUUAUAACAAUUUACACUCUGAUUCUGAUGUUAAUUCAACUUCAAAAUCAGUAUAAAAAAAAAUUAUCUUUUUUUAUUGGCUCCAUCUUUCUGCAGUUU